AAUCAAAUGGAGGGGAGGCGGAGACCUCUGCAUUCUACGUUCUCAACAUUUCAACGCAAGAUUGCCUUUCAGGGUGGCGACGGCAAGGAGCUAUUGAGAAUAUAUUACAUGGUUUUCAAGUGGGAUUUUGUUUGCGCUCGUUUGUGCCUACUCGCCACCCUUGGGAACAAUAGAGUUGUUUUGGGAAUAGGAAAACAAAGAGAAAGAGCUCCCAAAAGACUUUGUUAAAAGUCCUCAAAGCAAGACAAGGAGGUAGCUCGGGACUCGUGUGUAUUUUUCUUUUAUGGCACCUCCUCACCAGCCCUCGCAUCGACGGUUGAGUAUCCCCAAUGUCGUGGAGAAAGCCACUGGAGCUUUUGGAAGACGCAAGGUCAUGAUUUUCGUUUCUCGUGCCAUCUUCCUAAUAGCGGCAGGCCUGACGAUUCUCUGCACGUUAUUUUACGAUCGUGCUGCCAACACAAUCUUUGCACAUCGAGGAGAUGAAAGACGCUUAGAGUUUUCAUAUGAACCGACUUGGAAUGUACAGCGGAUGUGGGGGGACCAUGGUGCUCAGGGCAAGAUUAUCACAGCGGACUCGAUAGGGAACCGCGACUACAUAAUACUGGAUCAUCCUCGAUUAGGACGAUGCUUGGUUCAAAACGGUUGGAUGAGGUCAUGUUCAGAUGACGAAGCCAUGCACAGUGAGGCCUUGGUUCAUCCAGCCAUAUUAUUGCAUCCGUUUCCGAGGCGGGUGCUCGUCCUGGGAAACGAGGAGGGGACAAUGGUGAGGGAAGCGUUGAGAUACUUUACCUUGGCGAGCAUCACUUGGGCCGGAAUCGACGAGCCGCUUGCGGAAUUCAUAAAAACACAUUUACCCUAUUCAUACGACGACCCGCUCGGUCUCGUCAAGCGAGCACACGGCAAUGCCGUAGACUAUCUACGUGAUAGUAACGCAGGAUUCGAUGUCAUUAUCCUUGAUGUGCAUGAGACAUCGCCUAAUGUCCAUAAACUCGCCCAAAGUCGUCUGCUUCCUGGAGGCAUUUUGGCUGUUUCUCGAGGUUCAAUCAGCUAUGACGCACCCGACAACUGGGGACCUUACGAGUCUCUUUCCGCCUUGUUCAAACACGUUCACACCGCCGCACAAUUUCGUCCGCUAAACUCUGCCAUGUGGGUGUAUCAUUAUGCAACCAACUCUGAUGCACUUCCCUCUCCAACACAAUUACAUCCUUCAUAUAUCGAGGAUUGGUUGGAACGGAGGGCAGUAGGGGAUCCGCAAUACUACGAUUCUCAAUCCCACAUUCACAUGUUCAACCCUCCCACAUGGAUUCGCGACGAACUUGAACGUAUCACCCGUACUCGGCAACCAAAGACCACCACAAGCCGCAACUACGCUCCGUAUCUUCACAUCAAAGCAACAGAUAUACCCGAGGACACAGUGACCGGGCGCUCCUGGCAGAGAGAAUAUUUUGGCUGUAAUCAAUCGACACUCGCGAAUGAGGAACACCUCAUCAAUUCAAUCCGUGAAGGUCUCGAAUUUGCCCAUGCGCCAGAAGAUAAAGAUCUCUCAAUCACAACCGCAUCCUAUCCCCUCCCAGCCACUCAACCUGAUCCCCAUAUGCCUCCAGGCACAUCACCAUCUCUCACAGUAACAGUGAGCUACCAAGGCGGCUACAUCAUCCUGACAACGUUUCCUGCACGCGGAUAUGCCGUGGCAACCGCUGCAAAUUGGAACACAUACGUCUCACCCCCAGAACUCCUCGGUUACCUAUACGACGAAUUAGCCGCAGUCAAAACAACAUCUUACAAUCGUCAACUCGGUGGUAUCCCCGCAAAGACCUACUAUCCCGAGAUUUCCGACCUUCAAUUCAUGGACGGAUAUUACAUCAAUCCCAAAGUCUCUGCUAAAAAAAGUGAGACAGAAGGCACAGGCCAAUACGCCAAAGAAGAUAUUCAUGAAGGGGAAAUCAUCUUUCGCGGCCCCAUUGAAGUGUCGUUGAGAACAGACGACGAGGUAUUUGGAAAGUCUGACUACAUGGAUGAGUUCUUGGGACAUAUGGCUGAGCAAGCGGAGGAAGGCAUAUUUGUAGCUCCGUACCUUUAUGAAGUGGAUGCAUCCUUUUAUACAAACCACAACUGUGAUCCCAACCUCUGGUAUGAAGAUACUUACGAUGUAAUGGUAGCCCGACGACCGAUCAAGAAGGGAGAGGAACUGACAUAUGAUUACGCCACUGUUGAUGCGGAUGACGAAGCGGAUUUUGAUUGUAAAUGCGGUAGUCACAUUUGCAGAAAGCGGGUAACGGGUCAGGAUUGGAAAUUACCUGCAUUGCAGGAGAGAUAUGGAUUGAGACAUUUCUGGCCGCAUAUCAGAAAAAAGAUUGUGAAGAGCCGGACGGAACAUGCUAAGGUGUAGGGCGAGCAGGAGAGGAUCGAUGAAUAGGGGGAGCGUUAUAGCGAGGCGGCUCCCUUGUAUAUAAAACACAAGCAUGUAUGGCAGCGGUAUUUUGCAAGUCUACGCGCAGAAUAUAUCAUUCAACGCGAAUGUAUGUAUUAUACACAUUGACAAAUAAACGGCAGCUCAUAAUUAAAUAAAAUACAAAAAGAAA